GCGGAGUUCGUUCACGUCGCGCGUGUUACUGCACUUUGAGACGCUUCGCUGUUUAGUAGUUCAACGAAAUACCGCAACCUUCCAUUGGGCGCCAUCAUCCCGCUUGGAUUCUCAAUUCCUUGCAGGCCUACACUACACAGUAAUUAACUUGGAAUGUUAAUUUAAAGCUGUUUUAGCGCAAAUAAAGAGAAUGCAAGAAAGUGCAGUCUAGUGAAUGAGUCAGUAAUAGUUGGAGGGACCUUGUAUUAAGUUUCCCGGCAUCUCCUUACGACAAGGGAACUUUGCUGCGACUUGCUGGCCAAGGCAAUAAGAGGCGCUACACUCUACAGCGGCAAUGUCGAUGUCUAGAGCGAGGUCGGUGCACACAAAGAGGAUCGGUCCAUUGGGACUAUAAUAUAGUGUGCGGUAACUAUCCUAUAGCGAUUUUGUGCAUGUAGCAGAGGUAGAGCCGGCUCAGAUAAAGCCAAGAGUAAAAUGCUCUACUGCCAGAGGGAAUAACAUUAGGCCUCCGUACGUAGGCUCAUGCGUACAGAGGCUAACCCGCCUGUAUGCAUAGAUGUACAUACAAUGGAAAUGCCUUAUAGUAAGAGUGAGAAAAGCUGAUUCUAAAAUAACUUCGCAUACGCAAGGCAAUGUUCGUUAUCGAAUCUUCUAAUCUCAAGUUUGCAGAUAAGAACAAGAUUUAACGAAAAAGUUUUUGAGAACAAGAGGAUAAAUAACUUUUACUAGUAUAUUACAUGGAAUUUGACUUACGUAAAAAAAAUUAAAACACAAAUAUGACUGGAAUGAGUAAAAGAACAUAUCUCCGGGAGGUGAAUCCAUAUCUGAUUUGUCCAUUGUGCCGAGGAUAUUUGAUAGAUGCAACGACCGUCGUCGAGUGUCUACAUUCUUUCUGUCGAAGUUGUAUUUUGAAACAUCUAAAAUCGGAAGCGCAAUGUCCAUCAUGUAAACAUGCACUGAACACCGCUAAGCCCAAUAUCAAAGCUGACAAAGCACUACAAGACAUAGUCUAUAAACUCGUACCGGGACUUUAUCAUAAGGAAAUGAGGAGAAGAAGAGAAUUUUACAGGAAGCAUCCGGAGCAUGCGGAUUCUGCAACUCCGGAACAGCGAGGUGACGAUGUGAGCGGAAGACUGAUAUUUGCACCAGAAGAUGCGAUUAGUUUGAGCUUGGAAUUUCUUCCUCCUGGUGCAGAUCCGUUAGCCAUAAUUUUGAGCACCAAUGACGCUGAUGCAUCUCAGCCAAGCACCAAUCUCAAACCUAGUACAAAGAAUGAUACCACGAAUACUCAUGAUUCCAAUCGAAGGUACUUGCAAUGUCCGGCUUUGGUGACAAUUGCACAUCUGAAGAAAUUCUUGGCUUUGAAAUAUACCGUCGAUGUGACUAGAUAUGCUAUUGAGAUUUGCCACAGACGAGCUCCUCUUCCUGAACACUGGACUCUAAUGGAUGUUGCAUACAUCUAUGCGUGGAAGCGAAACGCACCAUUGAGAUUUUUCUACCGUAUAGUGCAAGAGGAACAAAGGUUGGAAGCCCCACUGAAUGACAGACCGUCGACUCCUGGAGUUGGAGCGAGUUUACCUCCAGUUGACAGUGUUGUCAGUGAUAAAAAUGAAAGCUGUGAUCAAGUGAAAUCUAAGAAGGAAAAAGUGACAGCAAAAGUGAACGUAGAGACGAGUAAAGAAGUCUCAAGUGUAGAAGAUUCAAGAAAAAAGGAAACUACCAAAAAGGAUGCAAAAAUGGAAGAUGUUAAGAGACAGUUAACAGCCCCUAGUACCAAACCAACUACCAAUACAAAGGUAGAUAAAAAACCUCAAGCUCCAGUUUCGAAAGAAAGUGCCAAAGCAGAUAAAGUUAAACAACCGACAGUAUCUGAGGAGAUAAAGCAGAUUAAAAGUCCAAUCAAGAUUCUGAAAAAUUCUGAAGGGCGUUACGAGGUGUUGAGACCUUCUUCCGAUAAACAGACUUCCCCCGAGGUACGAAAUAAUUCUAGUGAAAAGAAAUCUCAUAACCCCGAAUUUAGUGUUAUUAGUAUUGGUGAGGGUCCUAAUUCAAAUGGAGUUAAAAUUACCUUGAAGCAGUGCUCCCCCGGCACUGUGUCGUCGAAAGCAAAAAUGGUUAGCAACGUUUUGCUGAAGAAUGGACAGCCUGAGAAAGCUUUAAAAUCACAGGGAAAAAGUCAUCAGAAGGACGUGGCGGAAAAGCAAGAAAAGCAUAAACGUAAGGUGACUUUCGAGGACAAAAUAAUAUUGAAAGAAGCAGCCAGCGAAGUUAAGAAUGUGAAUAAAACACUGACUGAAGAGUCCGAUAAAAAUGAAUUUUUGCAAGGGUUUAGAUUAACUGCCAAGCAACCUGGAAACGAACAAAACUCCCCUGAUAAGAACACAAAGGGAAUUAGCAAACCAAUCCCAGUUUUAAAUGCUCUGCCCAAGAUUACCGAUAAUAUUCUAUUGAAGAGUCCAACGAAUCACGAACAGUGUGAGAAUAAGAAGGCUGAGCAGAAAAACAAUAAUGUUGAUUCUGAUACCAUCAAUUCAAUAAAGAACAAGCCUUCUGACAAGUCAUCUACUUUCUCUUUAAAAAUUGAUAACUCUAAUAGUCCUUCCAAGAGACUCUUGAACGGAAUUACGAAAGACUUGAGUACUAACGAUAAUGACUCAAAAAUAGAUGUUUACGCUUUUCCCAGUGAACCACCAACUGUUCCAGCAGGAGCCGUAAAAAGAAAAUGUCCUCCAGGUUUACCAAUUUUUGAUGUUGAUAAGAAACGACCCUUCAUUCACGGGCAAAUUCGAAAGAAGGCCCAAUCUACGCCGCUUAGCUCUCCUAAAGUCAGUAAAAAACAGGAAGCCGUAUCUUCUUCGAAGAAGCUGCCGAGUCCCAAAGAUAAUUCACCAUCUGGCGUUAGUUGUACUGCGCGUCAUAAUACUGUAAAUUCGCGGCCACCAGUUCCAACCAUUUCUGACAACACGAGAAAUUUAUUAGAUGGCUGUGGACUGAACAUUCCUGCAAGCUUGAGUAUAACUCUCACUGCACCGAAAUCACCUAGUCACAGCAGUUCAUCCACCGAUACAAACAAUCUGAAAGACAAUCAAGUUUUAUCAGGAAAAGUGAAUCCCAGUAUUACACUUAAUGACAGAUCGGUUGAUCCUCGUGUUUUAAAAGCUUUAAAAACAGGUCAGAUUCGAAUGCCGGUUCCAGCGAGCAGACCCAAAGCAAAACCUGCACCGGACCGCAGUCAACCUGCAAAACGAAAGAGGGAUGAUUCUCGCGAUAUUUUAGACUUGAGUGGCACAAAGAAAAUGGAUAUUCAUCCCUUAAGGAUUCCCCAACCAAUUUCUAAGUUUAAGAGUAAGCCCACUCGAGAAAAUAUGUCUGCUCAUCCAGCUUCUAGUCAAGUGGUCACGUUAACCGGCGGACAAAAGUAUUAUCGAGCACCUCCAGGCUCCUUGACGCCAGCAGUUCAUCGGGUAGCUGAUUAUUCGCAGCCUCCACCUUCUCGUGCACCAGUUUAUGCUCCUUCUUGCUUCUCAAGUCCAAUCAACAGCAGUCGUUCCAGCAACAACAUCUCUUCUGUCUUUCCAAGUUUGCAGAGUUUAUAUGCUCUAAGUCAGGCACCGAAUCUUCAACAAUUCCAGAUGGACAAUAGACUUCGACUUCCACAGCCAGAAAACACCGCGUCCAGCGGUCCUGGAAAAAGCCACUUGGCGGCUCAGUGCGCGCCUCUAAAACCCGCAAGGUCUUCCUAUGCUUCUUUAGCAGUUCCUAUAGUUAAACAGUCGCCUCCCCUGCGUCCGAUCUCUCUUACUGCAGGUAUCGCACAAGCAAACGAGUUGAUAAAAAAUAAAGGGAUGAAUAAAGGCGAAAUUACUGCCAAGCGAGACAGUUUGCAGAAUUCACCCAGCGAAAAACGAUUACCUCCUCUUAUCAACAGUAGUGCAAGCAAAGAUGCUGAUAAGUUUGGCCGAUCUAGUUCUAGUCCUAUGUCACCUCAUUCGAAACAAGAGGCCAGUAUCACGAAUAGUGCGGAAUCGAAUUCACACGAAGCAGCUAGUCCAAGAGUAUCGUCGACAGUUUCUCCAUCUCCUCCUCCACCACCACCACCACCCCAUCCUCCUCGAAACUCCAGUGUUAAUAAUCCUACUAAUACGAACGAAGUUUCGUCGGGAUCGAACUGUAAUAAAUUGGGAUCGGAGGUGACGAGUAGCAAGUCACCCGAGAGUCCUGAUUCCAGUUCUGUUGUGAAUGAGCUCCCGAAUAAUGCUUCUGGCGCAACAGUCGCAGACAAACUGCAGCCGUCUCCAAAAGAAGAUAAAUUGGAUAACCAAAAGGAGACGGAGAAACAACCAGAACCACCUGCAAAAAGCAAUGUUAAUAUUCCUAGUGAACUUGCUGAUAAGAAGGCCGAUAAUAUUAAAGUUGAUGCGAAACAAAUGACUUCCGAAGUCUUUCAAAAAAGGCUUCUGGCUGCAUUUCCGUCUAAUGAAUGGGCGAAUAAUCCGAUUGCUGCCAAGCAUUUAGGAAAUUUACUUAAAAGCUUAACCUCGAUGCAAGCGAACAACCAAACGGAGAACGCGAAGAAACUAAAAUCGGACCACCCCUGUGAAACGCUACCAGCGAAAUGCGUAAAAGAUAUUUCUCCCAAAGCUAAGACCGAAGUAACCGACUGAUUGUGAGUUUUAUAAUGUAUUAAAUUGUAUAUGAUUUCACAAAUUGUGUUUUAAGUUUUUCCUUAUGAGGACUUUUAGUUUGAGGGUAAUAAGCUUCUUCAAGCAACUUACAACAAAAAUUGUUAUUUUAAACUAUAGAAUAAAGUUAACGCAGUGCUAAAAGUAAAUUUGAUGAACUUAAAGCAAGCACAAACAUUAUCACUUCUUGGCAAACAUUUGAAGUUUCACAUACGAAUUGUAAAUAAAUAUGCUGAAUUGAACUUUAUGGAAAUUUCAGAGGAGAAUAUUUCUCGUAAAGUACCUUAGCUAUGAUACAUUUAUUUUUUAACGCAACCAAGGGUAUGAUAAAAUAAUUGUUAUAAUUAACUUAAGGAUCUGUGAAAGAAACCAGUGUUAUUGUUAUAUUAACAUGUUCGCAAGGCCGAUUGCAACAGACUAAGCAAAAAAAACUAUUAUUUAUACCUGAGAAAAAUGACUAUUUUCAUUAAAAGUGCACCACAAUCAAUGUCCAAAAAUCACGAAAAUUUGCUUUGUCGCGAACGUGUUAAUAGAAGAAACAAAUAAAGUAAGUUGUUUUUUUUAAGGGUAAUCUUCUGUGAGAUUCAUGGACGUAUAUCAUUGUCUUGCAGUAUUCUUAUAGUCUCAUCGUAAUGAUAAGUGCGACUUUUUACACAGAAAAAAAAACGCUCAAGGAAAUUCACGAGUAACAGUCAUAUAUUUUUUGAAAAUAACUGUUAUAAGCUAUUGCACUCCUUUAAGAAGUACUUAUAGUCAUUACAACAAAUAUUAGUUGACUGAAAGACGAUCUAGAUAUUUCCGUACUGAUUACAAUAAAUUGUAUUGGGCGAUUCAUGAGCGACAAAGACUUGAAUGUUACAGUGGUAUUAGUGUUAUUUUUACAUUAUAUUCUGUUAAACGUUUAUUGUGUAAAUGGUGCAACUGUUAUGUCACCUACACUUCCGUAUGUAUUUGUAUUAUAUUUAACUGCUUUAUAAGUUGUAUAUAUACUUAGUUGGUAAGGUGAACAGCAAAUACGAAAAACAUAUUUUAGAUUGUCAUUGUUUUGUCCUGACAAACAAGUCUCGUAAAUGUAAUAUUUUCGUUUCAGUUUAGCUUUUAAAAUGAUAAAAGUAGAAUCCGAAUACAUAAUUUUAAA